CGUUAGUUGGUUACUUAGCUCGGGAGUCCUCCUUCACUCAAGUCUACCGACAAAGAGGAGGGAAAAUAUGCCAACUAACUGCUCCUGACCGUCAAAGCGGGUUUAAAUAAUGAACUUUUAUCGCCUGGCUCUUCUGGUGGCAGCUUUUGCCUGUGCGUGUGAUGGCGUGCACGUCACGGUGCGUGAGAAUCAGCAGUAUGCCAUGCUCUUCCAGUCGGUGGUCCUCCCGUGUCAGUACCAGACAGCCUCCACCCAUACCCCGGUGGUGCAGUGGUGGUACAAGUCCUACUGCAGGGACCGCACCAGAGAGUCCUUCGGCCUGCCAGAGAGCGUCCACGCCCCGCAGCUGGGCGCCAGUUCCCAAUUGGAAUGCCCGGACAGCGCCCGCACGGUCCGGGCGGUGGCUUCGGCCCAAGGAGCCUCCCUGACACUGUCGGAGCACUACAAGAACCGAGACAUCUCCAUCAUAAAUAAAGCAGACCUGCGGAUCGGCGAGCUGCAGUGGGGCGACAGCGGGGUGUACUACUGCAAAGUGGUCAUUGCGAAUGACCUGGAGGGCCAGAACGAGGCCCAGCUGGAGCUGCUGGUGCUCGGCAGGACAGCUCAGAAGGACGAUAUUCUACCUGAGUUUGAUGUGGAGAUUAUGCCAGAGUGGGCGUUUGUCGGCUGCGUGGCUGUGGGCAGCUUCCUGUUUCUGCUACUGUUGGGUAUCUGCUGGUGCCAGUGUUGUCCUCACUCCUGCUGCUGCUACGUGCGAUGCUGCUGCUGCCCCGAGACCUGCUGCUGCCCGCGACAUCUGUACGAGGCGGGGAAGAAGGCCAAGACUGCUCCGCCCGCUCCGGUCCCCGUGUAUCCCUACUACAUUCCUGGCGUUCCCGCCGUGAUGCCACUCGCCCCUUCAUCCCACAUGGACCCAAAAGUGGUUUCCGUCCCCUCUAUGGAAAAUAACCUAGCUGGAGUGCGCAGUGGUUACCGACUGAAAGGCAGUCAGGACCAGGACUCACUGAAAGUUCUUUAUUACAUAGAGAGGGAGCUGGCUCAAGUGCCGUAUGCCGCCAAGAUGGCUGCACUUCAACCCAGAAGCCUAUCAGAGCUCAGCUCUCUCCACGAGGGAGGAAAUACAGAUUUCAGACACACCUACCAGACCGUCCAGAUGAAGGCGCUGCCUCCCAUCGCCGACGCCGAUGACCGGUCAAUGCUGGGAGGGGCCCCGCCCGCCCAGAGUCGCAGACACAGGCUCCGGGAUCGUGACAACCACUCGGACGAUGAGCUGGACAGAAGAUGGAACACUCACUCAGAGCACCUCCAGAGAAAAACUCUGAGCAGAAGAGGGCACACCGGUUCGCUGGACGAGCUGGAGGAAUUUGCCCGCUCGUACGGUUCCCGUAGCCGCCGUCCAGAGGCGCUAGAGGUCCGUGAUUACAGCCCUCCGAGACGUUCCUACAGAGACGUGGAUGACGGCUGGGCUCGUCGCAGCCCCUCUCCUUUACCGCAGAAAAGAAGGGGCACGUGGGACAGCGAACUCGCCUCCCGACCGCCCCGUCCCCGGGAUUACGACGACGCCUUCCUCAACCACGUGCUGGAGAACAAAGCGAGGAGGCCCGGCGGCGACAGAGGCAGAGCGGAUGAGGACAGUGACACCCCCUCCAAAGGCAGCUCCAGAGGGAAAGGCAGCAGCUACUACAGCCGAUCGCCUAGCAACCGUCCAGAAGAUGAGGAUUCUUUGCCUCCCUACUCAGAGAGGGAGGCGGAGCGGUACCGCAGGGCCGCCCAGAACCCGGACAGGUACCGCACCGGGUAUGACACCUCAGAGCCUGGCAUGAGGCCUUUCUCGUAUACGCGACCUCGGCAGGGGAUGACCCUCCCGCUGCAGAGUGGCAGAGAGGAAGCAGACAGGAGACACAACUUGGUGAGUUACUUGUAGCUGGAAAGACAGUAAAAGAAUACCUUAUUGACCCAGAUGUAAGACGUUUUUAUUUCCCUUGAAAAAAGUCGGAGAUAGAAUGGUCGUUUUGUAUUAGGGGUCUACAGAUUUACACAUGCAAACCAACAGGUGGUGCUUAACGACUUCUCCGCAUCCUUUUUACCCUGAUAUAUAUAAUACUUCAUUUUUUCAACGAAAAAAGUGAGAAAAAGAUGGGUCAUCCUAUGUUGGGUUGCCGAAGAUAUACAAAGCUUUUCUUCCUGAGUAUAAGACGAUAUUUUCCCACAAGAAUAUAAGUGAAAACACAAGGUUGUCAUAUUCCCAAGCAUUAGAGUUUUUUACCUGAAAACCAAACAACAAUCAAGUGAGUAUUUUCAAGAGAGUAUUUUUACAUAGAUUAUAAAAUUGUUGUACUGUAUUCUGGGUCUGGAAAUAGAUUUUUUUAAAUGUGUGGUCCGAUAUUCAGAGCCUGGAGAUGGAUUGAAAAAAUGUGUUGUCCUAUUAUUAGGGUUUGGAGAUAGAUAAAAAAAAUUGUUAUCCUAUAUUCAGAAUUUGGAUAUAGUAUAAAAAUGUGUUGUGCUAUAUUCACGGUCUGUAAAUAGAUUGUGUUGUCUUAUAUUCAGGGUCUGCAGACAGAUUAAAAAAACAUGUCUUAUAUGCAGAGCCCGGAAAUAGAUAAAAAAAAUGUAUGUCCUAUAUUCACGGUCUGGAAAAAGAUUGUGUUGUUUUAUAUUCAGGGUCUGUAGAUAUUUACAAAAAACAUAUUGUCCAAUAUUUAAACAAAACAUGUCCUAUAUUUAGGGUCUGGAGAUAAAUAAAUAAAAAGUGUUGUCCUAUAUGCAGGGUCUGGAGAUAGAUUACAAAACAUAUGUUGUCCUGUAUUCAGGGUCUAAAUAUCGAUUUUUUUUAAAUGUGUUAUUCCAUAUUCAGAGACUGGAGAUAUAUUUAAAAAUGUGUCUUGUAUUCAGUCAGGGUCUGGAGCUAGAUUUUAAAUUUGUCUGAUAUUCAGGUUCUGGAAAUAGAUUAAAACAUGUGUUGUCCUAUAUGCAGGGUCUGGAGAUAAAUUUAAAAAUGUAUCUUGUAUUCAGUCAGGGUCAGGAGAUAGAUUUAAAAAUGUGUCUUGUAUUCAGUCAGGGUCUGGAAAUAGAUUAAAAUGUGUGCUGUCCUAUAUUCAGGGUCUGGAGAUAGAAUAGAAUAGAAAGUACUUUAUUGAUCCCUGGGGGAAAUUCAGCAUGAAUAUAUGCUAAAUGAAUACAAACAUGUCCUAUAUUCAGGGUAUGGAGAUAGAAACAAAUGGUCCUAUAUUCAGGGUCUGGAGAUAGGUAAAAACCUAUGUCCUAUAUUCCAGGAUCUGGAGAUAGAAACAAAUUGUCCUAUAUUCAGGGUCUGGAGAUAGUUUAAAAAAAACAUGUCCUAUGUUCAGGGUCUGGAGAUAGGAAAAAAGUGUACUACAAGUUUGUAUAUUCAGGGCCUGGAGAUAGAAAAAAAGUGUCCUAUGUUCAGGGUCUGGAGAUAGAUAAAAAAGUGUGUCCUAUUUUGAGUUUCGGGUGAUUAAAACAUGCGAACCAACAAGUAUCACCAAAUGACCCAUUGCUUCCCAAGGAAAUCAGAGCUUUUCUUCCAGUUUAUAAGAUAACAUGUUUUCCCUACAAACUAAAUAGGGAAAAUAGUGGGUCUUAUACUCAUAAGUCUUAUGCAGAGCUUUUAUUCCUGAAUUUUUCGCCAGGAAAAUAAGGAAAAAGCACUUCUUGUCUUAAUUUGGAGCUGUAGAGGUUUAUACACGCCAAAUGACCCAUUCCUCCCCCACACAAAUAUAAGCAGCCCUUGCAUGCCACCCUCACCUCCUUCAUUCAUAAACAAUUUCAUCUCAUCAACUACUGUGCGACUAACCUAACCUCCGCUUCUUUGAAUGACACUUUAGCGAGUCCCCACGCCCUCCCCCGGCUGCAGCGAGUUAGCAUGAAUGCAAGGUGUCUAACAUGUGGCUCUCAACAUGCAUUUCCUCGACAGAGCACAGCACCAAGCAGGGAUUCACUGGUAGUGUGACGAGCCGCAUCACCACUUGGUUGUUUUGCUUCCAACCGUCCUCAUCUGCCGCACUGACUCCGCCCCUUUAAUAAGCCACAAACUUUCAUGCAAAUACUGUACAGUAGGUUUGCACCACUUUAAUGACUUGAAGCAAUUGAAGGACUUUUCACAGUGCCAACAUGUGUGUGUCUUAUCUGCCUACUGAUAGUCUUAUUAUUACAACAAUGCAACUCAGGAUCAUUUUGUAUUUUUGUAUCUACUGUACAUACUGUUUCUUCUCAAGUGGAUACACUGGAGCUGACUGUAAAUGUUGUUCUGCUGAAUAUCUUUGUAUGCCUUAAAUAAAUAAAAAA